UCUCCAUCGCUCGGAGCCUGCAGAGAAGUCGAUCGGACCUCCAUUGGUUCUCGUCUGUGCCGCCAUGGGCAAGCAGAAGAUCGUGUUAAAGGUCACCAUGACGUGCAAGACAAGCUUCAUGCUGAGGGCUGUCGGCAAGCUUGAAGGCAUCGACGAGAUGACGGUGGAUAUGGAGAAAGGCACGCUGACGGUGAUCGGAAUUGUCGACCCGGUGUGCAUAGUGAGGGUGUUGAAGAAGAUCAAGGUGGCCGUCAGCAUCGAAUCCAUUAACCCCGAAAAAAAGAAAGAGGAACCUAAGACCUGCAAGCCGUGCCCGCUGCCAUGCUGCUGUGGCAAGUGCCAACCACCGUGCCGGUCGGUGCCAUGCUGCUGUGGCAAGUGCCAACCACCAUGCCCACCGCCGUGCCGGUCGGUGCCAUGCCGCUGCGGCAAGUGCCAACCACCAUGCCCACCGCCGUGCCGGUCGGUGCCAUGCCGCUGCGGCAAGUGCCAACCACCAUGCCCACCGCCGUGCCGGUCGGUGCCAUGCCGCUGUGGCAGGUGCUCACCACCAUGCCCACCGCCGUGCCGGUCGGUGCCAUGCCGCUGUGGCAGGUGCUCACCACCAUGUCCGCCAUGUCCGCCGCCCUCGUGCCGGUCGGUGCCAUGCCGCUGUGGCACGUGCCCACCACCAUUCCCGCUGCCGUGCGGGUUGGUGCCAUGCCGCUGUGGCAUGUGCCUUUCCGGCUACCAUUCCAUGGGCUGCGAAGACCCCAGUUGGUGCACCAUCGUCUAAAACAGCAGUUCCCGAUCGCUGCAUCACUUUCCUUUGAUUAUAUGUGCGUUAUAAUAUGUUUUUUUUUCGGUGCAUGUGUGCCAUAAUAUGUUUUUAAGAAUCAUAAAAUAGUUUCUCUCU